UACCAGAUGCUGUAGCGAAAUCCAUCACAAAAGAAAGAAAACCGGCCACAUCAAAAUUACCUUUCAGGAAGGUCUGUUUGAUAUCCUUAAGCUCAGCAAUGGAGACAAGACUAGUUCUUCCCUUAGCUAUUCGAGUUCUAUUAUUACUAACCAUUGAACUUAUCUCCAACAUUUAUGGAAAGUCUAUUGAGUGUUCUAAACCUGACCGAGAAGCUUUGAUUGCCUUCAGAAAUGGUCUUAACGAUCCUGAGAAUCGACUUGAGUCGUGGAAAGGGCCAAACUGUUGCCAAUGGAGAGGGGUGGGGUGUGAAAAUACAACUGGAGCUGUUACUGCAAUUGAUCUUCAUAACCCAUAUCCUUUGGGAGAGCAAGGGUUCUGGAAUCUAAGUGGAGAGAUAAGUCCUUCACUGACAAAACUUAAGUCUUUGAGAUAUUUGGAUUUGAGUUAUAACACAUUCAAUGAUAUCCCAGUUCCUGAUUUCUUUGGCUCUUUGAAGAAAUUGCAAUACUUAAACUUAUCAAAUGCUGGCUUUAGUGAUAUGCUUCCUCCUAGUUUUGGUAACAUGUCUAGCUUGCAAUAUCUUGAUAUGGAGAAUUUGAAUCUAAUAGUUGAUAAUCUUGAAUGGGUUGGUGGACUUGUGUCUUUGAAGCAUCUAGCAAUGAACAGCGUAGACCUUUCCUCAGUGAAAUCUAAUUGGUUUAAGAUAUUGAGCAAGCUUAGAUAUGUAACAGAGUUGCAUAUGAGUUACUGUGGUUUAUCUGGUUCCAUUUCUUCAUCUCCAAUGACACUCAAUUUCACUCUUCUUUCUGUCAUAGAUCUAUCAGGAAACCAUUUUCAUUCUCAAAUUCCCAAUUGGCUAGUGAACAUCAGUAGCCUGACCUUGAUCACUAUGAGUGAGUGCGAUUUGUAUGGUAGAAUUCCUCUUGGUCUUGGCGAUCUGCCCAUUUUGCGCUUGUUAGACCUCUCUGGAAAUGAAAAUCUCUCGGCGAGCUGCUCGCAGUUAUUUCGAAGAGGAUGGAGUAGGGUGGAAGUUCUUGUACUAGCUGAAAACAAAAUUCAUGGGAAGCUUCCAUCUUCCAUGGGAAAUAUGAGCUCUCUUGCUUAUUUUGAUCUCUUCGAGAACAACGUCGAAGGAGGGAUUCCGCGUUCCAUUGGCAGUCUUUGCAACCUAACCUUUUUCCGUUUAUCAGGAAACUAUUUGAAUGGGACAUUACCUGAAUCUCUUGAAGGAACUGAAAAUUGCAAGCCAGCACCUCCACUCUUUAACCUGGAGCACCUAGAUUUGGCCAACAACAAACUGGUGGGGGGAUUGCCUAAGUGGUUAGGUCAACUUCAAAAUAUUAUUGAACUAAGUUUGGGUUAUAACUCUCUUCAAGGUCCCAUUCUUGGAUUCAAUUCACUUAAAAAUCUGUCUUCAUUGAGACUUCAAGCAAAUGCGCUAAAUGGAACUCUCCCUCAGAGUAUAGGACAGCUUUCAGAGUUAUCUGUUUUGGAUGUUUCCAACAAUCAAUUGACAGGUACAAUCUCUGAAACACAUUUUUCAAACCUAAGCAAGCUGAGAAUCUUACACCUAUCUUCAAAUUCUUUGAGAUUAAAUGUCAGUGCAAAUUGGGUUCCUCCAUUUCAAGUCAGAAACCUUGACAUGGGUUCAUGCUACUUGGGUCCGUUGUUUCCACUUUGGCUCAAAUCACAACAUGAGGUGCAGUACUUAGACUUCUCAAAUGCAAGCAUCUCAGGUCCCAUUCCCAGCUGGUUUUGGGAAAUUUCUCCAAAUCUCUCUCUUUUAAACGUUUCACACAACCAGUUAGACGGACGACUACCUAACCCACUGAAGGUAGCAUCCUUUGCGGAUGUUGAUUUCAGCUCCAAUCUCCUUGAAGGACCUAUUCCCCUUCCAAGCUUCGAAAUUGUUUCACUAGAACUUUCAAAUAACAGAUUCUUUGGUCCUAUACCAAAGAAUAUAGGCAAGGCAAUGCCAAACCUUGUCUUUCUGUCUUUUGCUGAUAAUCAAAUAAUAGGUGAAAUUCCAGACACUAUAGGGGAAAUGCAAAUUCUUCAGGUCAUUAAUCUAUCAGGGAAUAACUUGACAGGUGAAAUUCCUUCAACAAUUGGGAACUGUUCGUUAUUGAAAGCAAUCGACUUCGAGAAUAACUAUUUAGUAGGUCCAGUUCCAGACUCUUUGGGUCAAUUAUAUCAGCUUCAGACUCUUCAUUUAAGUGAAAACGGAUUCACUGGAAAACUCCCACCAUCUUUCCAAAAUAUGUCUAGUUUGGAAACGCUGAAUCUCGGGGGAAAUAGUCUUACGGGCAGUAUUCCUCCUUGGAUCGGAACCAGUUUUCCAAAUCUAAGAAUUCUCAGCUUGAGGUCAAAUGAAUUUUCAGGAGCAAUUCCUGCACUUCUAAAUCUAGGCUCAUUGCAAAUUUUGGACCUGGCAAAUAAUAAGUUGAAUGGUUCCAUUUCAAUUGGUUUCAUAAAUCUCAAAGCUAUGGUUCAACCCCAGAUAUCAAACCGUUAUCUAUUCUAUGGGAAGUACACGGGCAUUUACUAUAGAGAAAACUAUGUCUUGAAUACAAAAGGAACAUUGUUGAGAUACACUAAGACCCUUUUCCUUGUAAUAAGUAUUGACCUCUCUGGGAAUGAACUGUAUGGAGAUUUUCCAAACGAUAUAACUGAGUUAGCUGGGUUAAUUGCCUUGAACUUGUCUCGAAACCAUAUCACUGGCCAAAUCCCAGAUAACAUUUCAAACCUGAUACAAUUAUCAUCGCUUGAUCUCUCAAACAACAGGUUCUCAGGUCCAAUUCCUCCUAGCUUGACUAAAUUGACAGCGUUGAGUUAUUUGAAUCUGUCAAACAAUAACUUGUCAGGAAAAAUUCCCGUUGGAUAUCAAUUUGAAACUUUUAAUGCUUCAUCUUUUAGUGGAAACCCUGGUCUCUGUGGAGCUCCUACAACUGUAAUGUGUCAAAAUACUGAUCGUUCAAACGAAGGAAGAGAUGAAGAAGAGAGCAAAAAUCAAGUGAUUGAUAAUUGGUUUUAUCUGAGUCUUGGGGUUGGAUUUGCAGCUGGGAUUUUAGUUCCCUCCUGCAUUUUUGCAGCGAAACGAUCAUGGUCGACUGCUUAUUUCAAAUUACUUGAUGAAGUUGUGGGCAAGGUUUUUCAAUCUUGACAUGGAAGAACAACAGUUCUUGACGUUGAUAUAAUUGAACAGUUUUCGACGUUGAUAUAAUUGAACAAAGUUGUCUCUCUUGUUGCUAUGAUUCAGUUUAAUGGGUGUAAAUAUCAUUGCUCUAUUUACAUAAGAAACUGCCUUUCCAUAUGUACAGCACAGACAUAUAUGUCUGCACUUCUAUCAUCUAAUCAAAUAGCUUACACGUUCAUCCCUUC